AGAUAGGAGCAGAGAGCCUGAUUAUUAAAACCUUUAAAUAACAAAGGGAGCCCUGCAUGGAGAGGUCUGCAGGAGCUCUGCAGCAGAGAGGACCACAGAGGGUCUGGUCUGGAGGCAGGAGGAGGAGGUCCCGGGUUUCACAGAGGAGGCAGGACUUUCUGGCUCUGCGGUGCGCUCCGACACCACAGGUCCUCUUUAAUAGCAGUGAGGGAGGAGAGGAGGCCGGUUCACGCUGCUCAGAUAGAGAGAGUUGGUGUGUGUGAGAGAGUGUGCGUGUAGUCCUUUAGCUGGGUCUCGGACAGUCUGCACCCAGCAUCCAUGCGCCACACGGACUCCUGGACUCGGAGCGCGGAUUCAGAAGAACACAGUCCCUCCUCGGGUUAUCAGAGAGGACUCACAGCUGCUGGGAACUCCUCCAGCUCUUUAAAAACCCCAGAGUGUGUGUGUUUCUCUGCGCUCAGAUCACACAGGACACUUUAGUUCUCCUCUCAGACCUCCAACCCGCCUCUGCUCCUCUCUGGAUUCUGCAGGAUUUGGGACUGAAUCAGAGGUUUAAGUUCAUCCUCAGAGUCCUGAUCCUCUGUUCCUCUGCUCCUGACAUGAGCAGCCGAGCUGUCUGCUGCCUGUCGGCGCGUCUUUGUCAUUGUAAUGUCGGUGUGAUCUCCGCGCGCCUGCCUGAGUGUCUCUUUGCAUUUCAGAGCAAACAGACUCACUGAGGAGUUCUUCCUCUCCUGCGUGGAAUACAAAGAGAGGACACGCGCAGGGACGUGGAUCUUGUUGGAUUGAUUUGUUUUUAUUUCUUCCUCUUUUUUUUUUUUUUUUCUCGCCUCCUUCUGAUUCCUUGUUCCUGAGGAUGUUGCUCCGCUGCUCGAGUCCUCCCUCCUGGUCCACCUGUAGGUUCUUCUUCUGGUUUCUGCUGCUGGUCCUGACGCCCCGGUCCUCCUCUGCGUUAAUUACAGGUACGGAGGCGAGCUGUGAGAACGAGGGAGAAGUCCUCCACAUCCCCAACAUCACCGACAACCCCUGCAUCACCUGCGUCUGUCUGGAGGGGAAGGCUGACUGCAAACAGGAGAAAUGUCCGCUGGUCUCUGAGGACUGUGCUCUGGUGGUGAAGCAGACUGGAGCCUGCUGUGAGAGGUGUAAAGGUUGCAUGUUGGAUGGACGAUCAUAUAACAGCUCAGUGUCCUGGACCAGCUCCACCAAACCCUGCAUGAGCAGACGCUGUCAGGAAGGUGUCAUCACCGAGUCGGAGGUCCAGUGUGUCGUCCACUGCAGGAAUCCAAAAAUCCACCCCAAGAAGUGCUGCCCCACCUGCCCCACCUGUAUCUUUGAGGGUCGCCUGUACAAAGAGAAGGAGGAGUUCAGUCCAGAGGGCAAACCCUGCAUCAAAUGUACCUGCACUGGAGGGCGGACUCUCUGCAUGAAGGAGGUGUGUCCUGUCCUUUCCUGCCCCGCCCACCUCAGCCACACUCCAGCUGGACAGUGCUGCCCCAGAUGUCUGGGUCAGAGGAAGGUGUUCGAUCUGUCUCUGGGAAGCUGCUUGUUCCACAGUGAAGUUUAUGAAAACGGCAACUCCUUCCAACACGACAACUGCACCACCUGCACCUGCAAGGACUCCACGGUGGUGUGCAGGAGGCGAUGCUCUCGACCGGGGAGCUGUCAGGGCGACCACUGCUGCCCUGAGUGUCUGUCGUUUGUGAAGGUGGAGGAGGUGAAGUACUGCAGAGUCCGCAACAAGAUCUACAGGGAAGGAGACAUGUGGUCGUCAGUGAACUGCACUCUCUGCGCCUGCAUUCAAGGAAACAUCGAGUGUCGACCCAAACAGUGUGUGCCAAUCACCAGCUGCCCCUCGAAUAAGAUCCUGAACAGGACCGGCUGCUGUCCAGUCUGCACUGAAAAGCCCGGUGUGUGCACGGUCUUUGGAGACCCUCACUACAACACCUUCGAUGGCAGGACCUUUAACUUUCAGGGAACCUGUCAGUACGUGCUGACUCGUGACUGCGGUGGCGCCUCCUCUGGUGGACCUGGGAAUAACAUCAACAUCAACGGCCAAGACUCCAACUUCAUGGUGUUGGUAAAGAACGAUGCCCGGCGCACUCGCUCCUUCUCCUGGACUCAGUCUGUUGAGAUCCGGCUGGGAGGUCUUGUCCUCAGUCUCCAUCAGCACUUGACAGUCCGGAGAAACGGCACCCGUAUCGCCCUCCCCUACCACGGUCCAGGAGUGCACAUCGACCUGGACGGCUACCUGCUUAAACUCACCACUAUUGCAGGUCUGGAGAUCACAUGGGACGGUGACAGUUUCGUGGAGGUCGUAGCCGCCCCCCAUCUUCGCGGUCGCCUCUGCGGCCUUUGUGGGAACUACAACGGCCACAAGCGAGACGACACCAUGGGAGGCGACGGACACUUCAAGUUCGACGUGGAUGAGUUUGCCGAGUCCUGGCGGGUCGAGGGGAACGAAGUGUGCUCCCAGCAGCACCCGCCUCGCCGACCCACUUCCUUCCUGUGCCCCGGCAGCGUCAAAGUGAAGUUCCGCGCCCACCGAGAGUGCCAGAAGAUAAAGUCGUGGGAGUUUCAGAAGUGCCACCGUGUGGUAGACUUCGCUCCCUUUUACAGGUCGUGUGUCACUGAUAUGUGUGAGUGUCCGGUCCAUAAAAACUGCUACUGUGAGUCCUUCAUCGCCUACAGUCGGGCCUGUGAGAGGGAAGGAGUGCCCGUCAUCUGGAGGCCUGACACCGCCUGUAUGGCCACUCAGUGUAAACACGGAGCGGUGUACGACACAUGCGGACCGGGCUGCACCAAAACCUGCGACAACUGGAAUGAGAUCGGACCGUGCCACAAGCCCUGUGUGGCCGGCUGUCACUGCCCCGCUAACCUAGUGCUGUUUCAGGGACGCUGCAUCAAACCCACAUCCUGCCCCGGACGGUGACCCUUGUGAUCCAGGAGGGAGGGGGGUCGACUGACAGUCAGGUGCAACCAUUCACAGUAUCAGAGUCAGGGGGCCAAACGAGGACACAGGUCUUUAAAGUGGACUGAUAUGAAGAGGUACUCAGGGUCUGAAUCCUCGUGAGGGAACGCUGCAGAGGGUGGAGAUGCUCGCCUCUGCUUCUUGUAGUACCAUUCACCGCCACUGGGGGCGCUGCUUCAGGAAGAACUGAACUCCUCAGAGAAACUCAGGGGCCCUCUUUGGAGAUUUCGCACUCUGCCAUGUGAGGAACGUUUACCCACGCUGCCAUAGACUUCCAGGAAACAACUGUGUGCCUGUGGACUCCUGUUUGAGCCAACAUGGCGUCCGAGUUUCCUCCAAAAACAUUGAAAAGUGGGAAACUGAACUUCUGCUUGUGGAAUACGGCGAUUCAAAGCAGAGGAACUCUGAUCUCUAUUCCAUCAUUUCAUACUGUAAGCUAGCCAGAUUUAUAUGAAAGACAGACAGCUUUUAUAUUAUUAUUGAUCUAAUUAUUAUUAAUAUUAUUAUUAUUAUUGUUGUUGAUGUUGUUAAUUUAUAUACCGGUCAGAUGAUAUGUCGUAGCAGAGCCAGAAUCAUGAAUAUAAAUGAGUUAUAAGUGAUUGAAAGGGAAACAGAAGCUAUUUAUGUAUGUGUCUUGGUGUACUUUGUGUUACUGUUUGAAGAGAAAUGUGACUCAGUCGUUGCACCGCCGCAGGGAAAAAGUACUGUAUUGUGUUCUGCUCCGUGUACAGGUUGUUGUGGUUCGUAUCAAACUGAAGGUGUUCAUCUUAGCAUAUGUUUCACUUGACAUUAAUUAUUUAAGACCAGCAAUAUAAUCUUUUAUGGAAGUUCA